AAUGGAUUGCAAGAGGAUCCUCAAUAGUCAUGAUUGUGCUAUCAGUAUGACGAAAUAACUGAAAGAUAAGAUGUUAAGUGGAAUUUCAAAACUUUAGACCAUCAGUUACAGUUUUCAGUAAAACCGUUUUAAUCGAUUUCUUUUAUAAUGAACAUAUAGCGAAAUAGGUGAAAACAGGUCGCCAAUUUAAAUUUCAAUAGCUAGCCGAAAAAUAAAUUCUACGCUGCAUUAAUGUUGCUUGAUUCUCUUUUUCAUAUUGUGAUUCAAUUUAUUACGUAAUAGAUUUUGAAUACUGUAAUGUAAAUUAUAACUGCAUAUAUAUGCACAAUGACUUAUUGAACGACUGAUUGAACAUUGAAGUGAUUAUUGUGUAACUGAAUAUUAUACUAUAUAAGUACAAAGUUAUUCCUUACUUUCAAAAUACAUCAAUUCUAACGCUAACUUAGAUAUGGCAUUAGUGUUUUUGCAAAGAUCAUUAAUGCUAGUGGCGUUGCUCUGUUUGUUGUGUGCCGCACGUGACACAUAUUCGCAUGGCAGCAGUGAAUUAAAUUCGACCAUUGUUUCUAUGAACUACGAAAAUGAAAACCUAAUAACAACCACUGUAGACGUGUUUAACGAUGAAAAUAUCGCUUUUGAGACUACAACAAUUCUAAAUACAACAACAACGGCUACAACAACUACAACAACACCAACGAAUACAACAACGAAUACAACAACAACACAAGAAUCAACAACAUCAAAUGGUAAAAAAACUGAAAAAACCACAACAACGACUACAGCAACUCAAACAACCACAACAACAACGCCUGCAACAUCUAUAACAACAACAUCAACUCCUGCAACAGCUUCAACAGCAAAACCAUCGACUACAUCAACUAAACAAACUGAAAAAACGACUGAAACAGCCCCACCAACGACUGCAUCAACACCGACAACGACAACAACAACAGCAACAACACCGACUACAACAUCAACGUUUUUGCCACAACGAACUAAAUACCCGGUACUUAAUCAAACAAUUGAAGGUGGAUGUCCACUGGGAUAUGAACUUCAGGAAGAAGAAGCUCUUGGACACGUAUGCAUGCACCAGUGUGAAAGCCUGACGUGUGAGAACAUGGGACAAUGUAUCGUUCAGAUAGGAGAUAACAUGCUGUCCAGUGCAGUUUGCAGAUGCACAGAAGAAAGUGAUGUCGUGUACAGCGGUCCAACUUGCGCCGAGAGGCACAUGGCCCCUCAACGAGAGAGGGCCAUCAUUCUGGGAGUUCUCAUAACCAUCGUGGGUCUCUUGUUACUGAUAGCAGUGUGUGCGUGCUACUCCUUGAAGAAACACCGACAUUCCUUCCGGCAUAACCACCACGACAAUAAUCUUUAAAGCCACAGUUCACACGCACAUAUGUUUGUCUUGUGAGCGUCUUUUCCGCCAAAAUAAAUAAACCACAUCGUAUUGUAUAUAGUUAAAUAAUUCAUACAUGAAUAUAUUUAAAUUAUGUAGUUUUUGUUAAUGGUUAAGCUAUCGUAUCGAAGUCAGUGAAAUAAACGAAAUAAUUUAAAAUGUUUUGUGUGGACUGGGUCUUUAAUCGAUCAAUUAAUUGCAUUGAGGACAGAUGCAAUCAGGACAGCGGAUUUGAUCGUAUGCAAUAAAACAUUGUUUAAAGA